AAGUCUGGCUCUGGAAAAGAUAUCUGGACUUUGAAACCUGAACAAAUAAACGAUGACCUUUUGGGCAAGAUAUUUUACAUCUUGACUAUAUGCUACAUGACUUGCCUAGCGGCUAUUAAGGCUUCAAUUCUCUUUCUAUAUCUCCGUAUCUUCCCGGAUGCAAGGUUUAGAAAGAUGCUGUGGUAUACUCAACUUGUUAACCUUGUAGCUUUCAUCGCGUGUGUUACCACCGCAAUCUUCUGCUGCCAACCGAUAAACUACUUUUGGACCGGAUGGGCAAAAGAAACGGAAGGCAGUUGCAUUGACCUGAAUUCUUUCUCCGAAGCACACGGCGGAUUCAAUGUCGUACUGGAUAUCUGGAUCCUGCUAUUGCCACUAUCACAAAUCUAUAAACUUAACAUGAAACCCAAAAAGAAGUUGGGCCUCAUGCUCGUAUUCGGCAUUGGAGUGUUGUAA